AUGCCGAUGAUCAAGGAGGUAAUGCUUGGAGCCAGUAGAUCCAACGCACAUUCCUCUUAUGAUAUCAAGGACAAACCUACUGUUAUGAACGUCGCUGCAGAGAAUAAUGCAGUGUGCGCAGUAUGCGGUGAUGGCCACGCGAAGUUGCACUAUGGUAUUUUAGCUUGUUACGGAUGCAAAGGGUUUUUUCGACGAACGCUCACCGGGAAGUAUCGAUAUGCAUGCAGAUUCGGCAAUAACUGCAUCGUUGAUAAAUAUCAGAGGAACAGUUGCCGGUACUGUCGUUUUCAACGGUGUUUGGAAGUAGGAAUGGAUCCUAAAGCAGUGCGACCCGAUCGUGAUUUAACUGGCAGACAACGAGUUCCACGUUUGCGAAAAAGACAGAUUGAUGAGGGACUCUUAAACCACAUGCAUAACUCUGGUAGCAAUUUUUUUCAAAUGCGAUUGCAAGGUAAUGACUGGUCACAAAAACUACCGAUGGAAUCCCGCGUAUUGCUAAUGCGGCUGAUGAAUAUUGAGUGGAAAAUUGUUAAAAGAGAUGAAACAGUAUCCAUAAGGAAUAAUAGUAAGGACUUAUCCAAGACCAUCUCUCUUCGGGAGCUUUUUGAACAGAAACCAAGUUUGGAUGGCCAAUCAGCUAAGAUUAGGUACGAACCAUACCGGAUGGCUCAACUCGAUGAACUACCUCAAAUUGCUCAUCGUAGGGCGAUGGCUGCUGUUGACUGGGUUGAUUCAUUGGCUGAACUAGCUGACAUUACCGAUACUGAAGACAAAAUUGCUCUCGUAAAAUCAUGCUAUUCACCUUUGACUAUAUUCAAUUUUUCAACGAGAACAGCUCAAAACACUGACAAUCCCGAUAUACUAUGCCUAUGCAGUUUUUCAUAUGUACCAAGGAAGCUUCCACUCGAAUUCACCCAAACGAAUCAACUGUCCGACGAUUUAGUCAAUAGAACGUUAAAUGAACUAGUAGUCCCACUGAGGAAACUGAAAUUGAAGGAGGAAGAAGUAGUACCGCUCAAAGCAGUUAUAAUUUUAAAUCCGAAUGCAAAAGGUUUGUCAAUGGCUGCGCAACAAAUUGUGUCAAAUCUUCGGGACCGUGUCCAGGAAGUGCUAUUCGAAGUUAUCAAAGAGCUGAAUCCCACCUACAGAGCCACUACACGGUUUGGCAACCUCCUUUUGUUACUACCUACAAUCAUGACGCUAUCUGGAACAAUGAGUGAGAAUCUGCAAUUUCUGCAAACUUUAGCUAGAGAUCAGAAAGAGGACAACCUACUCAAUGAUAUGUUUGGUAAGGUGUAUGCCAAGCUAGAUGACCCAGUAACCUCGACGUCCUUACCACCGAUACUUGAAAAUCCGGCCGAAAUAUCGUUAAAAUAUGCCAGCUCAUCACAUCGACCAACAACGAUAAAUGGUAAUAUGGUAAAUGAAGGGAAAUUUAGAAUGGACUCGAGCACACAAACUUAUGCGGAUGAUAGCCUUAAAGGAUUAUUAUCAAGCAGCAGCUUAUGCAAAUCACUCACUCCUCCUAGCCAUGUAAAACUUUCUUCACGUCGCUUCACUGUGUAG